CGACGUACUCUCGCGAUACUAAGAUACAAUUAGCAGCAGCUGUGCCCAAGAGAAGCUUGUUUGUUGUUGCAGGGCUUAAAAUGUCAACGAAAGUGAAAAAUCACCACCUCAAAGGAAUGUAAAUUUGUGCUGAUGUAGUUCAGCCUUAAAGGAGACUCCACCCGGACCAACACCUGCUGCUCCUUCUCCUCCUUCAGCAUCCUGACCUGCCGUCUCCAUGACGACCCCUCCUCUAGUGCCUCCUUUCGUUGGUCAGCCUCCUCCCCCCCAGCAGCAGCAGCAGACCCAGGCUGCUAGAGAUGUCAACACUUCCUCACUGUGUCGCAUCGGCCAGGAGACUGUCCAAGACAUCGUCCUCAGGACGAUGGAGAUCUUUCAGCUACUCAGGAACAUGCAGCUACCCAAUGGAGUGACGUAUCACCCCAACACGCAUCAGGACCGGCUGGGGAAACUUCAGGAGCAUCUCCGGAUGCUUUCCGUUCUCUUUCGCAAGCUGCGACUGGUCUACGACAAAUGCAACGAGAACUGCGCCGGGCUGGACCCCAUCCCCCCAGAGCAACUGAUACCCUUUGUGGAGGACGACGGCUCCAAACAUGAGGACCGAUCUGGCGGGCAGAGCCACCUCACCAGCGAGGAGAGGAGAGAAAUCCUGGAAGUCAACAAGGUAUUAUGUUCUCCAUCUUGGUAGCACAGCCGUGUUUGUGUUGCAGGUUGGGUUUCCAGUCAGUGCUAACAUGAGAUAAUGUGUGAACAGUAAUUGCAGGGAAAAAAAA